AUGAGUUACCAAAACUAACAGCUGUUUUGUUGUUGUUACAGAGGGAAUUCUUAUCAUGGAUGGUGCUAGGGGUGUCCUCAUGUACAACUGUGAAACAUGUGACCUUCAAAUAGAGAACAGAGCACAGUUCUUUGUCCACAUGCAGCAGAAUCAUGGCAAAUUACCAUAUAAGUGUAGACACUGCAAUGAAACAUUUGCCAACACUAAAUACUUCAUUUUCCAUAUCUUGAAAAUCCACCAAGGAUUUCGAUGGACUGAGAUUACAAAUCCGGAGAAUUCUGUAUGUGAUAUAUGUGGACGCGUUAUGAAACGGGAAAACAUCAAAGAUCAUAAGCUGAGGAAACACAGCAACUUUAGGCCAGUUACAUGUACAUUAUGCGGCAAAAGAUUUCUGACCAAUGGAGAGUUAAAUGCACAUAUGGUGUAUCACAAUGAAAAGCGAUUCAUGUGUCAAUUAUGUGGUGUGAAGUUUUUUAAACGAUUUGAGCUUAAGAGUCAUACAAACAGAAUUCAUUUAAAGACAAAAAUGUUUAGUUGUAAGCAUUGUAAGGUCGAGUUUAUGUCCGUUGAUAAAAGGUGGCGUCACUACCUCGAAAGCCCAGAAUGUGUCAAAGUUGGUAAUAUUGCAAUGACAGUAUACACAUGUGAAACAUGUAAAAAACAAUUUCAACACAAAGCUAAACUAGAAAUUCACAUAGAAAGGUACCAUAAAGUGGGGAAAGAAACAUUCACAUGUACAAUAUGUAGUAAGGCAUACUCAGUAGAAGACAGCCUUAAGUACCAUAUAAGGACUGUUCAUGGUAAAAAGUCAAACAAGUGUCAUCUUUGUUAUAAGUCAUUUCAAUCAAAGAGUAUUCUAAACAACCAUAUUAGGACCCAUACUGGUGAGAAGCCACAUAAAUGUGAAGUGUGUAAUGUCAGUUUUAGUCACAAUGGAACACUGUAUAGGCAUCAGAAUGGCAAGGCACAUAUUGCAAAAGUAAAUUCAUUGAGGCCUUCAAAUGAUAUUUCCCACUUCAGCUAUCACUAGUGAAAGCAUUGUGUAUUAAGCCACCAGUUACCAAGAAUAAUAGUGAUAAUGUACUCUUACAGCCACAAAUUUUGUGACUUGCAUAUUGUGGUCUCAGUUCAGUGUCUGUCAUGUAUGUUUGACUUUUGUAAGCAAUAACUUAAUUGUAAUAGUCAAUAAAAUGAAUGUCAUUUAAACAGUUUAAAUGCUUUUAAAUGUUUUCUGAAACAUUUGAAUUCCUGUCUGUCAAAUGGUAGGUUUUA